AGCAAUGACCGGUCGUUUAUAAUGGUCAUUGCUAGAUUUUUCCAUGCGAUAUAAAAGGGGAAAUGGCGCGCCGAUUGUUCGAAGGUUGCAAACACGCGGCGGAAUACGCAAAAUAUCGGCCACGGUCUCCGCCGGCCGUGGCCGAAAAAAUUAUUCAAUACCUGAAAGAAAAGAUUACAACUUUGAAUCGUGCAUUAGAUAUUGGAUGUGGAUCUGGUCAAAGCACAGCAUUGUUUGCUUCACAUUUUGAAAAAGUAACUGGUAUCGAUGUAAGCGAGGCACAGAUUGAAGAAGCAAUUAAAAACAAUAAAUUCACAAAUGUAGAAUACAAAGUUUCCUCUGCCGAAGACACAAAGCUCAAGAAUGAAAGCAUUCAGCUCAUCACAGCCAGCCAGAGCGUCCACUGGUUCAACAUAGAUAAAUUUUAUAAUGAAGUCAACAGGUUACUUGUACCAAAUGGAGUUUUGGCCAUGUAUGGAUAUUCUGUCAUGAUGCCUCAUCCUUUGGAUGUGAAUGUAAGAGAAAAAGCUGUAGACGUAGUGAAUAAGUUUUAUGCAGAAGAUAUUGGAAAAUAUUGGUCGCCUGAGAGAAAACACAUUGAUAAUAAUUAUAAAGACAUUACAUUUCCGUAUCGUGAUUAUAUCAGGACUACUGUCACUCAUCAAAGUGAUUUGCCACUUCUAAAUUAUUUGGGGUAUUUUACCACAUGGAGUAGUUAUCAAGAAUUAUUGAAGGAAGAUGCAAAGAAAGCAGAAUUUGUAAUGACUAGAUUUCAAAAUAGUUGAUUUGUGAAGGAGAGCUGUCGGAAGGAUGGAAGCAGGCCAAUUCCAGUCCAAAGUUGCAAAAUGGCAUAAUGUUAACAGAAAUGUAAUCUGUCAGCUCCGGAAGCAAUUCCAAGAAACCGAAACCAUUGCCAGCGGACCAGUACAGAACCAAAUAAGAUCCAUGCAUUCAGAUUUUAUCUGACUGCUACUGCUAAGAGUGAUAGGGGACAGCUAUUAAGCUCUUUCUUCAACAAGUUCUUGACUACCUUUUGGAAUGAUUGUUUCAAGGUAAACUGUUAAUUGAAGGCUUUGGGAGGGUGGUUUUUUUUCCAAGAUGAUCAGUACCAUGUAUCCUUCUUAUACCUUCCUACAGGAGAGCCUGCUUGAAUUGGUGUCGUGAACAUCAGUCAUGAACCCAGGAUUGACAGGCUCACAUUCGCUUCAGCAGUGAGUUGCAAUUCAAUGAUUUACAACAAGUCUUCCACAUCUCAAGAGAGCCUAGGUGCCACUAACAUCGGGGAGAGAGAGUUUUGGAGGGUUCUUGUGGUCCGGGCAGGCAUCGUUUUGAACGGCCAUAAACCUCUCUGCAUGUUUGAUUGAGGCGCCCUUAAUGCCAAAAGUAUAGGGAUCAGAUCCUCAAGCACUAAGUAAGACACGGGUGUUGUUGGCCCCCAAUUUGUUUUUAUUCUUGCAAACACAAGAUUGCUACACAUAAUAGGUACUGCAUAUAAGGGGUUAAUUACACUCGCAAUCAUAUUUAUUGUUGUGACUUACUUAUUGUUUGGAUGAAGUUUCCAUUCACUAGUUAAGGUCGUUACAGAAUAAUAUAUGUUAAUGUAGAAUAUUACAAAUGUAAGUUAUGGCAACUCAUUAAAAAAUCAAUUAUAGCGAAUAAAGAAUUAAUUUAUUCUUACUUUUCACAAAACACAGGUUGAGGGAAGUUCUGGAGGCAUCGUCCGACCACGUUCCUCUUAAAGUUCAAACAGAAUAUUUUAUUCUGAUGGGAAGAAAAGAUGUCGAUCAACGUAAUUAUUAAUUUACUAAAGCCAACCACUGCCGUAUGCCAUCGGGC